CUGUUUUUGUUUUGUCCUUUAUGAGAACCUGUCUGGGCUGAGAAGGGUGUGUUUGUGAAUGUGCUGACGGCGUCCUCGGAGGUGUGUACAGAGAGCUACCACUCUGAGCCCCGGGAAGGUGUGUCGCACACAGGGCUUGGUUCAGACACGCCUAUGCCUUGGAAGUGAAAUAUUCUGCAGCCUGUUGCCUUUAGCUUUUAUUUAUUCACCCGUCCGAACUCGACGGAUCGGCUCGCCCCAACCAGACAAGUCUCAGAUUUGGAGCAGCCCCGAUCCUCCGUCGCAAGCUGGUCGUUUAGCCCAGGCGACACGUUUCCCAACAUGUCAUCGCGAUUGCGGCCAGGAAGUUCAUCCACAGCCUCGGAAAAUUCUUAUUACGAGAGUAUCGGAUGCGCCAGCUCUCCAAACCCAGUAUUUGCCACCAAUGAGCAGAAAUCGUACCUCGUUGUUGGGAGUCCCACCAACAUUGGCACUCUAUACCGGCACGGAAAUAGCCCGCAGAGCACCACCCUGAUCCUUGGACAGGAUGUUCAGAAAGAAUUCAGGCGAUCUCCAAACACAAAAGGUUCAAAUGUUAACUGGGGGAACAAUGUCUUGGAUGAACCCAGUUGCACAGCAGUAUUGCAAGUGCAAGGCCCCAUCAAGGAUGGUCAGCCACAAUUUCAACGGGUAAAUGAUGUCACUUAUGAACAGAACAGUGUGCAGCAAGUUGGGCUGCCAAGCCCCACAGAGGUGCAGAACAGACAGCAUCAAUAUAUAUUGGCUCAAAACAUGAAAGGAUUACACAUCCCCAAAGAUUCUCAAGUUGUAGUGCAUCAAACCUAUGUGACAUUUGAUCCGACCACUCCUGUGCAGGUACAUAACAACAGAAAGGAUCUCCAAUGGUGUCAGAAUGCAGGAUACUCACAGACUAACUGGGAUGUCAGAUACAAUCAAGACUACAUAAACAAUGUUCAGAUUGUAAGCUCACCAAGUGAGCUGAGGAGCGCACGAAGCUCUGUCACUUCCCAGGAAUAUGAUGAGACCCGUCUGAGAAGCUCAGGGGGCUCAGAAGCUCAGAGUCCUGUACCAGCCAGAGUGCAGAGUCCUCAACCAGCCCAGAUCAAGAGUGCCAUGGAUUAUGAAAGUGAUAACACUGAGAAAUUGGAUCCCCGAUACUUUGGUGAGCUGCUGGCUGAGCUGUCAUGUAAGACCACUGACCUCCAUAACAUCCUGUUAGAAAACAUGCAGAAAAUCAAGGGAAAGCAAAAAAGGUUGGAGGUGAAUGUUGACUACAAUGGUACCAAUGAAAACAUCGAAACUUUGAUACCGAAAGGACUAUCUGAAUUGACAAAACAACACUUACGCUAUCUCUUGCAGACAAGAAUUACCGUGGACAAGUCUCUACGACUACUCUUGGCCACAUUCAACAGCCUACGGGAAGACCUGCUCCAUUUGCAAGAUGACCUAAAUAGACUUGCAACAGACAAGGAGAUGCUGGAAAGAGACUUAGGUUUUAAAUCUCAGCAGGUGACAGAAUAUUUGCAGCUCUUGGAGUCUGUGCGAGAGAACAACCGACAGCUGCAGAACACCAUUAAGGAUGGCAGUUCAACUAACCGAUCACUUGAGGAUUUGAUCUUAAGUCUGAGGAACUCAGAGGCAGAUAAGGAGUUUCGUGUGAAAGAGUUGGAAUACAGCAAGCGUGCUCUGGAACAAGAAAAUGAGGCACUCCGACAACAGCUGUCCAAGAGCCCAUCAAGUAAAUCAUUCACCUCAAUAUUUAGUACAGAUAUCUCAAAUAAUUACUAUGAAAUGGUCAACAAGCUGCGUGAAGAAAAGGACAAGGAGAUCGAUUAUUUGAGGUCACAAAUCAGCAAUUUGAAAUGUGAAAUGUCUUCAGGACAAGACAGUUCCAGCAGCUUGAAAAUUAAAUUGAUGGAAUACAAUACUAGCCUGAGUGAGAAAGAUGCCAUCAUUAAACGAAAGAAUGAGGAAAUCUUGAGACUGAAAUCUUCACGUGUGGCUGAGAAGAAUGUGACACACACAAUCAUUACGAAGCGCCGCCUUGACUAUCCAAUACUGGGCCUUUUGAAAGAUUAUAAACUUACUUCACCUGGUAGAGAAAUACAGACUGUUUUCAUUGAAAAGACUGGAAAACUGUAAAAACAGGAAUUCUGUUCAUGAAACUGAGGAUAUAUUCGUAGAGCCAGUGUUUACUAUUUUGAAAGAGAAGUUACUCAACAUUUUUUCCCCAGCCGAUGAUGGUCUCUCUUAGCAUGUGAUUAAUAGGUUAAAACAAUUGAAUAAUGCUGAAUGUGUUUUAUGGGUCUCUUAGUUUAUUUUAGUUAAUUCAGUUCAUUUUUAGUACUGUUAGAAAUGUUGGCGGUUUUGGCGGUAAGGGCAUUACUUUUUAUCUUGCAAUUAAAUAAGAUUCAUAAUGGAGUUAAAUAGGAAUUUGGUGUACGGUUUAAAGACUAUAGUGUAAAACAUGUAAACUGUAAUAUGAAAUAGAGUGGUAGAGUAUGAACUAGAACAAUGUUGUCUAAUAUGUGAGCCACAAGUAACCAUAUUUCUGGUUAGUAAAUAAAGAGUAAUAGACAUCAUUAUUGAGAAUGUGAUCUCAACGCUCCUAUUUGCAAGGCACUCUCAUGUCCAUCCACCAUUUUAUUAAAAGGUUAGAUUAAAAAGCAGAACAUGUGAGUACUUUACUUCCUCAGUGGUGCAAUGUUUGUUAAUUACCUGUAUUGUUUAAAUGUAUUGAGGCAUUUUUGACUAAAAUUUGUGCAUGUGGCUAGUCAGAAAUUUCUAUUGGACAACAUUGAUUUGGAAGUAGCAAUGCACAGGACAGCAUUGCCUUUCAUUUGUGUGAUUCUCUUUUUCAUGGAAAUCAGUGCAAUGAUAUGUAUAUUUGCCGAAGAACAGAAGCAUUGUCAAUGACUGAUCAGGCGCAUUAUAAAAAUGGAUCAUCUUUUGUUCUGAAGGUGUUUUGACUAUUCAAAAUAGCUGAGAAAUUUGUCAUUUUUGGAAUUCUAAUAUUAUGAGGAUUGUUGUUGUGUGACUGAGGUUAUUGACCUUAGAAUUAGACUCAAAAGUUACAGACCCAGAAAAAAAUUAUUUAGAAGAUUAAAUCCUAUUUAUAUAUAAGACAACUUUUAUGCCAGUCAGUUAGGGAUUAAACAAUGCUCUCUGAGAAUCCAUGCACCUUAAUAUUAAAAAAUUCAGGAUUAUUUCAGACUAGCAGAUAUCAUUAAUUUGUCAGACCACCAUGGUUGUUUAAAAUAACCAUUAUUUAUCAUGAAUGAAAACAAUCUGAUUCAAAUUUAAAUGAUCUGAAAAUCAAACUGAACAUAAAAAGUGUAAAAUAGACAGUGUCUGCCUUUUUAUAGAUUUAUUUUGUACAAAAAGCAAUUUUGAAACAAAAGUAGACUGUUACUUCUUUUAAUAUUGGGGAUGAAGUGUGUACAAGUUCCAAGUACAAGAUGAGGUUCAAGCUGUAUUAUCUAAAUAAUAAUAAUAAUAAUACAGGUUCAUUAGGAAGCUUUUUUAAUUAUAGCUCAUUAUUCCCUUUUGGAACCUAGUGCAAUUUAAGUGAGGAGUAUAAAGUUCUGUUCUGAGUCAAUAUAAAUAGAUGAAUUUCUAUGCCCCUUGGUAAUUCUUCCUAUUGUGUUCCUGGAUGCUUUUCCAAGCUGCCUGGCCAAUCGUCAGUUAAUGAAAGGUACAUUAUGAAGCUAAAUGUAUUUGUGGAAUUCCAUAAAUAAAAAUAUUAAAUAGAA